GGCGGGCCCGCCCUUUCUGCCCGAGCAGUGGCGGCGUUUCUUCUCUGGCGGUUGCGGAGUGAACAUGGCGGACCAGGCCAUCUCCUUCCUCAAGGACUUCCUGGCCGGCGGCGUCGCCGCCGCCAUCAGCAAGACGGCGGUAGCGCCCAUCGAGCGGGUUAAGCUCCUGCUGCAGGUGCAACAUGCAAGUAAGCAAAUUGCUGCUGAUAAGCAGUACAAGGGUAUCAUCGAUUGUGUAGUGCGCAUCCCAAAGGAACAAGGAGUGCUGUCCUUCUGGCGAGGAAAUUUGGCAAAUGUCAUCAGAUACUUCCCGACCCAAGCUCUCAACUUUGCCUUCAAGGAUAAGUAUAAGCAGGUGUUCCUAGGAGGAGUAGACAAGCACACUCAGUUCUGGAGAUAUUUUGCUGGCAACUUGGCUUCUGGUGGUGCGGCUGGAGCCACUUCCCUCUGCUUUGUCUACCCCUUGGAUUUUGCAAGAACCCGUUUGGCAGCUGAUGUCGGCAAAGCUGGUGCAGACAGAGAAUUCUCUGGUCUCGGGGACUGUUUAGUCAAAAUUACCAAGUCUGAUGGUCUGCGUGGCUUGUAUCAAGGGUUCAAUGUCUCUGUCCAGGGCAUCAUCAUCUAUAGAGCUGCCUACUUUGGAAUCUAUGAUACAGCAAAAGGCAUGCUGCCAGAUCCCAGAAACACUCACAUUGUUAUCAGCUGGAUGAUUGCACAGACAGUGACUGCUGUGGCUGGUGUGGUUUCCUAUCCUUUUGACACAGUGCGGCGUAGGAUGAUGAUGCAGUCAGGACGCAAAGGAGCUGAUAUCAUGUACUCUGGAACGAUUGACUGCUGGCGGAAGAUUGCAAGGGAUGAGGGAGGAAAGGCGUUCUUCAAGGGUGCAUGGUCUAAUGUUCUCAGAGGCAUGGGGGGUGCUUUCGUGCUCGUGCUGUACGAUGAAUUCAAGAAAGUCAUUUAAACAGCCUAACUAAAAUUGGAAAUCAAGUUGAGCAGAUCAUGUAGAAUAACUACCAUUAUGGACCAUUGACCUUCAAGAAAUUCCUGUGAGUUUUAUUUAUCGGAGCCAGCUGAUACUUGUAGAUAGGGCUGGAAACUGACAUAGAGGACUGAUCCAUUUCACGGUAACCUGCAUGAAGACACUGAAUCUGGCAGUUCAGUGUGAUGAUUUUAUCAGUGAUGAAAAAUCAGUGACAGUGGUUCUGGGUCCAAAGUAGCUGGGUACAAUUUAGGCAGAAAGAAAAGUAUGCCUGUGGAUCAGUCCUCAGUUUCAAGUCCUAUCUUUUAGGACCAUAAAAUUGUAUUUGAAAAUACUUGCUAACAAAUCAUGUUCUUUUCCACUUGUACUGAAGCACUAUGUACCAUUUUGCACAGCUGAACAUCUAGCAAUUAUGUUCUUAAAUUGGGGCAUUCUGCUGUAGAACAAUAAACAUACUUAUUAUGUCUGUGUUGAAAUUAUUACAUCAAA